AGAGAUUAAAAGAGUUUGGGACCAAAUUACUAAACUCAAGUCCCAGCUUCCCCAUUUGCUGGCUGUGUGAUUUAGGCAAGUUAUUCAACGUAUCUGGGCCUCAGCUUCCUUCAGUUGUAGAGUAGGAAUAAUAAUACAGAUUAACUUCAUUAGCUUGUUUUAGGAAUUAAAAAAGUUAAUAGAUGCAAAGCACUUAUUAGGACCCUGCCUGGCAUAUAGAAAGUCAUAUGAAAAUCAUAGCUCAUUUCAUAUCAUCACUUUUUCCUGAUGGCCAGUUAUCCCUAUGUUGGCUUUCCAUCGUCUGUCCUUUAUAUCACUUUUUCUUCUACCUCAUUCCUCUUUUUCUUCUGAUUCAUAGAAGAGCUUUUUAAAAGAAUAUCCUAUAGGUAACUGACUCACUUUUCACAGCAUCCAUCCAGUUCUCCAAUAUGACUUUAAUUAUGCUGCUUAUGUUAAAUAUGCUUGCUAUAUAUUUUUAUCCUUUUUCAUCUAGAAUGUCUUUUUAGUGUUUUGUUUUUUUCACAUCUUGGUCUCACAUCUUUCUAUCCUGUUUUCAUUGGGUCGAUGUCUUCUUGGAAUCUACUGAGAAUAUCAACUUGUUCCCUGAACUUUUCUAGUGCCUCCCUUAGAUCUUUUUUGAAAUCUGCUCUUAGAUGUCCAGUUUCUCCUUUCCUUUCCUUUGUGAAUUUGUCUUUCAUAUACUCAUUGUUAGGAUUUCCAAGUUUAAUGUUUUGUCAUCCAGCAGUGACUUGACCUUAGGCCCUCUAUCCAAAAGCCUGGGAAGCAGCACAGUCAGUUGCGUGGGCCACACAUCGAACACUAUAAAAACCUACGGACUUCUAUUGGGUUCUUUUCUGCCAGGGACACACCGACAGACCAGCGUUGGACUCCAUUCGCAGCUGACGUAGGCAUACACCAUGCCCUGCUGUAGGGCAGAACACGGUAACACCACUUCCCGCUUUCCUUUAGCAUUUAAAGAAGAUGUGGGUCGCGACCCAUUUGAAAGUCCUGAAGGCAAUAUAAUGGGCCACGACAAGAAGUUUUAAAAUGACGAAGAAAUAGAGCACUAAAUAGAAUGCAGAACAAGUAGUAAGGGCAAAUAAUGAAUUGUGCAGUGUUUCCCUGCGUUUUAAAAUUAUACACGUGUGUAAAUCUGUAUCUCCUACACUACGUUCGGUCACACAAACUUGAGGGUCCCCAGGGUCCCGUUACUCCCACCAGAGACGUUCAGAAGCCAGAGACUGGCGCGGAGAACUCCCGGCCCCGCCCAACGGGAGCUCUGGGAAAUGGAGUUCGGCGUCGUGGAGCACUCUGGGAACCGUAGUUCCGCGCGUCCGCCGGGCACGACGAGCGGGGGGAGGGGCUCUCUUCGCGCGACCGGAAGUGGCCGUUGAAGCCGGCAGAGGUUGGCGCUGGGGAAGUGCACCCUCUUCGGCUCCCUUCGCUAGGUCUGGUGCCGGUCCCGGCGCUUCCGGACGCGCGAGCUGAGAGUGUGGAGCGCCCUAGAGGGAGGGAAGCCCAGGUAUCACCAUGGCAACCGCCAGCCUUGCGGCUGCGUGACGUCAUCCUCCUCGCCCCGCUGGAAGCGGCCUCUGCGAGAGCGAGCUGGGGAGUCCUCGGAGGGGGCGCCCCUCGCCUCCCUCCGUGCGGGGCGGUUCCGCCCUGAUCCCUUGGAGGGCUUUGUUCUUUUGUUCCGGUCUGGGAGGAAGGACUGGGAGCGGGCCCCGCCCCGCCGCUCCACCUUCCAGCGUUUCCACCCCGCAACAGGUGUGUCUUCCGUUCGCGAGCCGGGGUGUGAGCCCGCAAGUGUGCACGGAGGUAACGGGCCGGGUCUGGGGGCGCCUCUGGCCAGACUGCAGGGUGGGCACCAAGGGGUUUUUGAAUCCGGGGCUGAACCUGCGUACUCGAGCUCCACUCUCUUUUUGUUCAGCGGGAGUGCCUGUUUGGUGGCUCUCGGCGGGCACUUCUCUUUUCCAAGCGUCUCUUAGCCACUGUGCAAAACUCAGAGGUGCGAUUGUGACGCAGGCUGCUGACCCCGGGCUGUGUCUUUUAGGGCUGCCCCGCUCCGCCCGUGUAAGGGCUCAGCCGGCGCAGACUCCUGGCCGGACAGCUGAGCCCGCCCAGACCGAGGCCCCCGCUGGAAGGACGCUGCUUGAGAAACCCUGGUGUCCAGGCUCCGGAGGAACGGAAUGAGCUCCUGAGAUGGAAGAUCCGACCUCUUCGGAGUCCACCCUUCUCCCAGGGGGACAUACUCUCCUCCCACCGGCCAGUUUUCACGUAAGUCGGAAUUAUCCCAAAUGCCAUUUUAGUCCUUCGAGUGGAUUGUGUAUUUUUUGCUGUGGGGUAUGUUCAUUUAAAAGCCAAUGUUGGGAAUUCAUUCUGGGCUCCCACCUGCCCAGUGACCUUGUUCGGACCUCUGCCUCUCCAGCUUGACUUACACGUUUGCGACUUAACCUCUUGCUUCGUAUCUUGUCAUGCUCCAACAGUGAGAGAGCAAAAGAAGAUCAAGUCUUGACUUGAUCCUUAACUUGAAUAGGCCAAGUGACCACUAAAAACCAGAAUAGGUAAAUAUAAAACAGGUUAAAUGAGUACCAUGAAAAUAGAGAAUGCAAAAAGUGUGUGGUCUGGCGGGGUCAGGAGAGUUUCACGGGGGAUAAGGGAUUUGUGCUACUUGUAAAAGGAUGGGUGACAUUUGGAUAUAUUUUUUUAAAUGUUUAUUUAUUUAUUUUGAGAGAGAGUCAGUGAGUGGAGGAGGGGCAGAGAGAGAGAAUCCCAAGCAGGCUCUGUGCUGUCAGCGGGGCUGGAACUCAUGCACCGUGAGAUGGUUACCUGAGCUGAAAUCAGGAGUUGGACGCUUAACCGACUGAGCCACCCAGGCGCCCCUCGGUAUGGAGAAGAUUUUGAGCAAAGGUUCACAAGAAUCCGUGACCUUCAAGGAUGUGAUAGUGGAUUUUACCCAGGAGGAAUGGAAACAGCUGGACCCUGUACAGAGAGACUUGUUCAGGGAUGUGACGCUGGAGAAUUAUACACACCUUGUCUCUAUAGGACUCCAAGUCUCCAAGCCUGACGUGAUUUCCCAGUUAGAACAAGGGACGGAGCCAUGGGUGGUGGAGUCCGGUGUUCCGGGAGCUACUGGCGGGGACCGUGACAUCAGACCAGAAGAUAGCCGAGCAGUCCCAGAGCCGGACAUUUCUGAAGAGCAGCCGUGUCACGGGGCGGCGGUGGAAAACCACAAAAGGGAAGACCCUCGCGGUUCUGACUUUUCAGAAAGUUGGGGGUACGAAGGCAGUCUGGAGAAGCGUCAGGCACACCAGCAGGCGCUGCCAAGAGAAAUAAAAAUAACCGAAAAGACAAUACCCACUUGGGAGAGAGGCCCUGUAAAUAAGGACUUUGAAAAAAGCAUCAGUGUGAGCUCAAACCUUGUGACACAAGAAACAUCUGCAGAAGAGACCGCUACUAAGACGAGCGUCAAACAGAAUACAAACCCGGUCAGAAAAGAGAAAUCUUGUAAGUGCAACGAAUGUGGGAAAGCGUUCAGUUACUGUUCUGCUCUCAUUCGCCAUCAGAGGACGCACACCGGGGAGAAGCCUUACAAAUGUAAUGAAUGUGAAAAAGCCUUCAGCCGGAGUGAAAACCUUAUCAACCAUCAAAGAAUUCACACUGGAGAUAAACCCUACAAAUGUGAUCAGUGUGGGAAGGGCUUCAUUGAGGGUCCGUCUCUUACUCAACAUCAAAGAAUCCACACUGGAGAAAAACCCUAUAAAUGUGACGAAUGUGGGAAAGCCUUCAGUCAGAGGACCCAUCUUGUGCAGCACCAGAGGAUUCAUACUGGGGAGAAACCGUACACCUGCAAUGAGUGUGGAAAAGCCUUCAGCCAGAGAGGCCACUUUAUGGAACAUCAGAAAAUUCACACGGGGGAAAAACCUUUCAAAUGUGAUGAAUGUGACAAAACCUUCACCAGGAGCACGCACCUUACUCAGCAUCAAAAAAUUCACACUGGAGAGAAGACCUAUAAAUGCAACGAGUGCGGGAAGGCCUUCAAUGGGCCCUCGACAUUUAUUCGUCACCAUAUGAUCCAUACUGGUGAAAAACCCUACGAAUGCAACGAAUGUGGGAAAGCCUUCAGUCAGCACUCCAACCUCACCCAACAUCAGAAAACACACACCGGGGAGAAGCCGUACGACUGCGCCGAAUGCGGAAAGUCCUUCAGUUACUGGUCCUCCCUCGCUCAACAUCUGAAAAUUCACACCGGAGAGAAACCUUACAAGUGCAACGAAUGCGGGAAGGCCUUCAGUUACUGCUCGUCCCUGACGCAGCAUCGGAGAAUUCACACCAGGGAAAAGCCCUUUGAAUGCAAUGAGUGCGGAAAGGCUUUCAGUUAUCUCUCCAACCUGAAUCAACAUCAGAAGACUCACACCCAGGAGAAAGCUUAUGAAUGUAAGGAGUGUGGGAAAGCCUUUAUUCGGAGUUCGUCUCUUGCUAAACACGAAAGAAUUCACACCGGCGAGAAGCCCUAUCAGUGUCACGAAUGUGGGAAAACCUUCAGUUACGGCUCCUCCCUGAUUCAGCACAGGAAGAUACACACCGGAGAAAGACCUUACAAGUGUAACGAGUGCGGGAGAGCCUUCAACCAGAACAUACACCUCACGCAACACAAGCGGAUUCACACGGGAGCAAAGCCUUAUGAGUGCGCGGAGUGUGGCAAAGCCUUCCGGCACUGUUCCUCUCUUGCUCAACAUCAAAAGACUCACACGGAAGAAAAACCCUACCAGUGUAAUAAAUGCGAAAAGGCUUUCAGCCAGAGCUCUCACCUGACUCAGCACCAGCGAAUUCACACGGGAGAGAAGCCCUACAAGUGCAACGAGUGUGACAAAGCCUUCAGCCGCAGCACGCACCUGACCGAACACCAGAACACGCACACGGGGGAGAAACCUUAUAACUGUAACGAGUGCAGGAAGACUUUCAGCCAGAGCACGUACCUCAUCCAGCACCAGAGGAUUCAUUCGGGAGAGAAGCCUUUUGGAUGUAGCGACUGCGGGAAAGCCUUCCGAUACCGCUCUGCUCUCAACAAGCACCAGAGGCUGCACCCGGGCAUAUGACCCUUGCGGGAACAUCACAGACGUGGCGGACGCAUUUGCUCCGGUCUGUCCUUUGGUUAAGUGCUGAAGAUGCAGAGUGAAGUGAGAAACUGCCUAAAAGAUGUUAACUUUCCACGGUCGCACUAUGGAAGGGAAAGUACAUUGGGCUGAAGUAAUCCGGUGGUUUUCAAGCAACUUUGUGACACUGGAAAAUUCGACUGUUUUAAGCUUCACUUUGCUCAUUGAAUGAGGGGAUUUGGAGUGGAUGCUUUCAAAGGUUGUUUGGAAUUUUAUAUUCCACUUUUGUGUGUUCACAGUGUACUCUUGAACGGGGUCACUGCACGUCAGCAUUUUGCUGUGUCGCAUCUAGAGUGUGUAUAUUUAUGCAUGUUUUGCCAAUAGAAAGCGUCUGUGCUUCAGUAACUAGGCUGGGGAUCUAUUAUGCUUUUGUUCUAAUGCAUUUAAGUUGACUAACUGGUUCCUAAUAAAAAGAACUGUAAAGCAUUCUUAAAUUAGUAACUCAUUAUCAUAUAGUGGCUUACGUCAGUGUGAGCGUUAAACCUUCCUGUUAUUUUCUCUUCUGGUUUUAACGUUCUAGCUCAUCACAACUUACAAAGAUCCUCUUCUGUACCUGAAACCAGUGUUAUUUAACCCUCAUCGCAUCGUGGAAUCACUUCAAGAACUUUGUAAAAUUCUGUUGCCAAGGCGCUGUGCUCAGAGACUGGCCUGGGAGGUUAGACCAGGCACACUCCUGCCGCGCACCCUGGAAAGAACAAGGGGGCAGAUUUCAUUCCCCUUCCUUGAAUUGUAGCUUCUUCCUGCGGCUCCUCUCACAAGCCUCACAGAUUGGCUGCUGUACACAGUAUAGUUUUUGUAAUAUUUUGUAAGUUGGGUUCGCACAGACUCUGGGAUGUAGAGUCAACUUAUUUCCUCACCACAGUGCAGAAAUUAAACAGCUGUGUAAAGGUCAUUUUACUUGCUUUUCCUUGGCCCCCCGAUUUCUGAAGCAGACGACCGUGCCCACGAUGCCCCCGGCAGGCAGGGCGACGCGCCAGCCAGAAAUCAGCCUCAGGUUUCCUCCGGGUGGAGUCUGGUGAUCAGGUAGCUCUUUCAAGGGGCACCUGACAACUUCCCAGCCUGGCCUUGAGAAUGGAGAGCUCUGACAACAGGGUAGCACAGAAAAGGAGUUCUAGACUCUUCUGCAGGUGAGGUUUGGGGGAGGGGGCGCUGCAGAUUUUCACAAGUGAAAAAAAAAAUCCAUGCAGUCUUUUUGGCUUAUUUAUAUAAAUGCCAGUGACCUACACUGGGAUUUGGGCCCCUCCUUGACUGAAGACGCCAGACGGUGAAAAACAGAAUUCAGGAAAUAAUGUAGCCAUUUAAAUCUCAGGACCUUUUUCUGUCGUAACUUGACACAUCUAUAAAGGAACGUCACCUUGGUAUUCCUCAAUUUCUCGAGACUUCUGUCACGUAGGACUUAGGUCGUCCCAUUGGGGAGAGAUAAGACUGCCCAGGAGGACUGGACCCCGGUCACAGGGUAAGCUCUGGCUGGAAUCUGAGCCGCUCAGAUUCCAAGGAAAUGAAGCCUCUGCAUCUGGGAAGGGUCCUCAUUUCAGAGGAGAUCCCCAAAUGGGAAACCCCGCAUCUGUCUGCAAGGAGAGGCCUCCUGUCCCUGUACCACCGAUUCCUAAAUGAACAGGAUUUAUGUGGAAAUGCGUCCUGAACCCUGAAAGAUCCCACUUUGUUCCCUUAACUUGAUCCCUUCAGAGAUGCUGUCAGGUCAGAUGCGGAGCCCCGGGACUAUGCGGUCACUGCCUAACUUCAUCCUCUUCCAUGCCUCCCCCUGUGCCGGCCCGCCAGCUCUCCAGACUGUGUGCUAACCACUCCCGGUAUGCCAGGCCCCGACCGGGGAUGAGCAGGGAGACCCCGAAAGUUACCGUGACCUUGGUUUCUGUAUCUUUUUGAGUAGCCCACAAAACCGUAUCUCCUAGUUGUCCCGGAACACCUCCCGUCCCCAGACGGGCAGACUACCAGCCGCUGCUCAGACGCGUCCGUCUCAUCGCCCACUGUGGUGCCCGGUGUCCUUCGCCUGACGUGUCCCCUAGCCACGGGCUCUCCUUUUUUCCCUCCUCACUCCUAUUUGAAGAACCGAGAAAGGAAGUUACUUUAAGCGGUAUGUCUUUUUUCCCCUAAUUUUGUUAUUUAUAUGCCACAGACACCUACCAUAACGUAGCUACAGAUUUACGUAACGUGCCGGAUCCCAGUGUGUUGGACUAGAUGGCGGGGUACAACUAAAAUCUAAAGGGGAGACUUGGAAGUUAGAAGUUACAGCUUUUUAAAAAACUUUAAAAGAAGUUACAGCUUUUUCCUUGAAAUUAUGAUCAGCCCAGAAAAAUAGAGCGGUUCAGUUUACAUCAGAGGUGUAGCCACGACCAUUGACAAGGAUCUCCGCAGUAACGCAGAAAACAAUACUUUGGGAGGCAAGGAAUUCUCUAUUAUUUCUAAAAAAUUCUAUGACCUUCAUAUGUAGUUCCUAAGGGUGUUUCAGUGUCCGUGACUGUCCAGUCCCCAUAUAGAGACCAAGCAUUUUUCCCAAGGUCCUAGAUCGGCAAUUUCCUAGUCUGUCGCCAGAUUAUAAAGGGCCACCUCACUGGGUUUUGUCCAAUACCUUGGUGAGGGAAGCAGGAAAGGGGGAAAUAUCACAUCACCUAGUCGGUCUUAAACAUUUGGGUCUUCAUUAAAAGUAAUUCAUCCGCAGCCAGUGCCUAAGAUUUACCUGGCCUUACCUUACAGUAGUGGGGCUUCAGACGUGGACCAAACCAAAUCUGCUUUCACAGAACUCACAUUUAUUCUAAAUAAAUGUGUAAAAUGCCAGGGCGCCUGGGUGACUCGGUCGAUUGAGCGUCCAACUUCUGCUCAGGUCAUGAUCUCACGGCUUGUGAGUUCAAGCCCCGCAUUGGGCUCUGUGCUGACAGCUCAGCCUGGAGCCUGCUUCGGAUUCUGUCUCCCUCUCUCUCUACCCCUCCCCUGCUGGUUCUCUCUCUCUCAAAUAUAAAUAAACAUGAAAAAAAUUUUUAAAUGUGUAAAAUGCUGAGCGAUGGUAUUUUAAAUAACACUAAAAUAGCACAGAUGGCUUGUGGGAAACCCCACCUAGGGGCUGCCCUGCCGAUGCAAAUCAGAUGGCCGGAAACACCUUUCUCAGGAGAGGGUCUGUUUCCAAACAGAACUGAAGGAAUGAACUAAGUAGAUACCUGGGAGGAGAACUUUCCAGGCAGAGGGUGUGGCCUGGAAGCAUUUGGCUGAGACAGAAGCAUUUGGCUGUUCUAGGAACACCCGCUGGAGCUCGGUGAGUGGUAGGAGAGGUCAGACGGCUGGAAAACAUUCACGGCUGGAAAACAUUCAUGCGGGGCCUGCCUGGCCUUGGGACGAUUUGGCAUUUUAUUCAGAAUGAGACGGUAAGUCACUGGAGGCUACUGAGCAGGGGAGGGACGUGAUUUUGGUUAUGUUUUAAAAUGGUCACUGUGGCACCUGGGUGGCUCAGCCGGUUAAAAGUCCGACUUCAGCUCAGGUCAUGAUCUCACGGUUCGUGGGUUCAGACCCCGUGUCGGGCUCUGUGCUGACAGCUCAGAGCCUAGAACCUGCCUGGAUUCUGUGUCUCCCUCUCUCUCUGCCCCUCCCCUGUUCAUGCUCUCUCAAAAUAAAUAAACAUUAAAAAAAUUAAAAAUGAAUAAAUAAAAGGGUCACUUGCUGUGAUGUAGGGAAGAGACUGCGGGGUCGAAAGUACCAGAAGAGUCGAGCGGGACACUACUCCAAGAAGUCCAGCUAAGGGCUGAUGGCAACUUGGACAAAACCGUAGCAGUGAGUGGUAGGAAGCGGUUGAGGCCGUAUUUUGAAAACAGACCGGUUUGCUGAUGGUGUGGACGUGGAAGCGUGAGAGAAAGAAACCAGAACGGCUCUCAGGGCUUUGGCUCGUGUAACCCGCAGAAAGAAGCUGCGGUGUUCUGAGCCGGAGGUCGCCAGAGAGGGCGCGGGUUCACACGAGGGGUGACAAAUCAGAAUUCAGUUUUGGAACUUGUUUAAACAUGGUAAACCGCCCCCCCCACACACACACACAAAAUACAAGAGCGUAUAAAGAACACAUCUGUACAACCAGCAGCCCCUCUCAACCCCCUUCCAGUCACAACCUCGCUCUUCCCCAAAGGUAGCCACCGUCCUGCGUUCUAAUACCAUAGAGAAGUUUCACCGGUUUUUGCUCUUUGCUCCUACAAACUCGCAAAGCGGGAGGCUUCCGUGACUAGCUUUUUAAACUCAGACCGUGCGUGUGAGGCUCACAGCUGCAAGGAGCUGUGCACGUAGCACCGUCUCUCCGUCCUACCACAGACGCAUCGUUCCGACCGCUUCCAGCGCGAGGCAAUUCCGAAUAAUGCCACUAGUGACAUUCGUAUGUGUCUUCUGUGCACGUGUACCCAUCUGUUUGAACACCUAGGAGUGAAAUUAUGGCGUCAUGGGGGGGG